AUGUCCAACUUCGAGGCCACCGAAGCCGUUGCUACCGCUCUCUUUGGCGGUGAUGCCAAUGCCCCCGUCCCUGCCAACCACCCCGUCCCUGCCGCCGACGACGGCUCUUUCGCCGACGCCCUUUUCGCUGCUGGCCUCGAGGACCCCGACCUCGUCUUUCCCGCCAGGCCCACCCCUCUCGCUGCCUCUCCUGUCCCUGUCGCCGACGCCUUUUUCGCUGCUGGCCCCGAGGAGGACCCCGCCUUCGUGUUUCCCGCCAGCCCCGCCCCUCUCGCUGCCUCUCUCAUCCCUGCCGCCGUCCCUGCCGCUGCUGCCUUCGCCUCCGUCCCCGCCGCUGCCGUCGACAACAGCUCAUUCCCCGCCGACGGCAGCUUUUAUCCCGCCGACGUUGCCAAUCCCGCUAUGUCUGACAACGAAUUCAAUGUCGACAUGGGUAAUUUCAACGGCGACGUUGGUGGGAACAACGGCGAUAACUUUUUUGAGUUUGGGAUGGGGGAGGCGGUGGACGGCAACAACAACGGCAACAACAACAACGACGACAACAACAACGACGGCUGGGCCUACCUCUACAAUAGCCACGGCUUGGUCAACGCCGACGGCUCCGUCAACGUCCAGAUGCCCAACAACGAUCUGGACGAUCUGCUCAACGACGUCCCGGUUGCCGGCACCCCCGCCCCCAGCUCCAACCAAGCGGACAAUCUGGAUCCGCGCCUUCAGGCGGGGGAGGGAUAUGCUCAGGGUGGUAUGGAGGCCCCGCAGCCGGUUGUGCCUUCGCCCGUGGUGCCUGCUGUGCCUUCACCGGUGAUGCCGCAGCCGAAGCCGGUUGCAGCCCCUGUGCAGCAGGGAGUACCGCAUCCACAGGCGGUACAGCCCCAGAUGCCGCCGCCUCCCUUCCCGCCCCCGUCCCAGUUCCCUGCCCCGCUCCCGACCCCGACCCCGACCCCGACCCUGCUGCAGCAACUGCAGCAGUACCAGCAACAGCAGUACCAGCAGUACCAGCAACAGCAGUACCAGCAGUACCAGCAACAGCAGUACCAGCAACAGCAGUACCAGCACCAGCAGUACCAGCACCAGCAGGGGCAGCAGCAGCAGCACUACCAGCAGCAACAGCAACAACAAGGGCAGCAACAGCAACAGCAGCAGCAACACCAGGAGCACCAGCCCUGGAAGUUUGCCCAGAAGGUCGGCCCCAAGACCUUCCCCCUCAAACUCCGGGCCGAACCUCUCCCCAGGGCUAGUGCCUCGCUGGUAGAGCAGCUGAGGCAGCAUAACCCGGCGGCCUUUGCCAACGUCCCUCUCCGCCAGGGCCAGGCCGGGCAGCCCUCACAACCUCUCCCCGGCCCCCAGGUCCCCGCUGCUCCCGCGGCUGCUGCUGCUGCUGCUCCUGACGCCGACGCUCCACCUGUCAAGCGCGGCCGCGGCCGUCCCAAGGGCGUCAAGAACAGAGACCCCAGGCCCAAGGAGCCCCUCCACAGGGUGCGCGGCGGUGCUGGCUCUCGGGUAGCCAAAGCCAGGCCCAGAUCAGCUGCGGACGGGGAGCAGAUACUGGCUGCGGCGGCGGCAAACGAGGAGCCAGGAGAUGAUGACGAAGGAGGAGUGGAUGACAUGGAUGUGGAUGUUCCUCCGGGAGGUAAUCCUCAGCCAGGAGGGCAUCAUGGGCAUGUUGACCUUGAGGCAACCAUCCAGGAGAUGAGGGAGCAAGGUCCACUCACACCCGCUCAGGAAGAGAUUAUGGCACGAGCUUUAAAUAGGAGUAGGUAG